AAACGAUAUUUCGUAAUGCCUUUUUCCACACCUACUCUUGGUGUCUUCAAAACACCGGAAAUUAACAAUGAACCAUUGAGAAGUUAUGCUCCACACACCGAUGACCGUUCCAAACUACAAGAUGCAUUAAAUAAGCUUAAAUCCGAAGUCCCAAUCGAAAUUCCUGUUUUCGUUAACGGAGAAGAGAUUCGCACUGGGAGAGUAGCGGAACAAAAAAACCCUUCAAAUCACAGCACCGUUCUAGCAAAAUAUCAUGAAGCCGAUAGUUUACUUGUCGAAAAGGCAAUUCAAGGAGCAUUAGCGGUCAAAACUCGCUGGGAAUCCUACCCAAUUAAUGAUCGAUGUGCCAUCUUUCUUAAAGCUGCUGAUUUAGCGGCUGGAAAAUAUCGGUAUCUACUGUUGGCCUCCACGAUGCUUGGUCAGGGAAAAAACGUGUGGCAAGCUGAAAUUGAUGCCGCGGCGGAGUUAAUAGACUUCUGGAGAUUCAACGCCAAAUAUGCUCUUGAUAUUUAUCAGCAACAGCCGCCAAAGAAUUCACCAGGAGUCUGGAAUCGCUUGGAAUAUCGUCCACUAGAAGGCUUCGUGUAUGCGGUUACACCAUUUAACUUUACAGCUAUUGGGGCUAAUCUUCCAAGUGCACCUGCAUUGAUGGGAAACGUUGUACUCUGGAAACCAUCACCCAGUGCUGUUCUCUCAAAUUGGAUUGUUAUGCAAAUAUUGAGGGAAGCAGGCCUACCCGAUGGGGUAAUUCAAUUUAUUCCGGGUCCUGCUACUGAAAUAACCGAACGGAUAUUACGAUCACCAGAUUUUGCCUCGUUACACUUUACUGGUUCUACGGCCGUUUUUAAAAAGUUGUGGAGGGAUAUUGGUAAUAAUAUUGAGAUCUAUAAGUCUUAUCCUAGAAUAGUGGGUGAAACUGGCGGAAAGAAUUUCCACGUGAUUCACGGCUCCGCCAAUUUGGCAAACGCGGUCCAGCAAACAAUUCGUGGAGCCUUCGAAUAUCAAGGUCAAAAAUGUUCUGCAGCUUCUCGAGCUUAUGUUCCAAUGUCUUUAUGGGAUGCCUUUCGUGAGGAAUUGCUAAAAGAACAUUCCAAGAUUAAAGUUGGAUCAGUGGAAGAUUAUAAAAAUUUUAUGGGUCCGGUUAUACAUGCUACUGCCUUUAAAAAAAUUAAGUCUUAUAUUGACUGGGCAAAGGAUUCUUUAGACAGUGAAAUUAUUGCAGGAGGAAAUAUGGAUGAUUCGAAAGGUUAUUUCAUAUAUCCAACAAUCAUUGUCACAAAAAAUCCAAAAAGUAAAACCAUGGUAGAAGAAAUCUUUGGGCCUGUUCUUACCAUCUACGUGUAUGAUGAUGAUGAAUACGAAAAAACGCUCGAUCUAGUAAACGAAACUUCUACUUACGCUUUAACUGGUUCUAUAUUUGCUCAGGAUCGUUCAGCCGUUGUGUUGGGUGAAAACAAACUAAGGAAUGCUUCUGGAAAUUUCUAUAUCAACGAUAAAUCUACUGGUGCUAUUGUUGGUCAACAACCAUUUGGUGGAUCUCGUGCAUCUGGUACCAACGACAAAGCUGGAAGUCAAACUUUGUUGUAUCGAUUCGUUUCCAUGCGUGCUAUUAAGGAAAAUUUCGUCGAUCUUGAGGAAUUUACAUACCCGUCUAAUUUGGUUUGA